AUGGCAGAGGCCGUCACGGCCUUACGUGAAAACAGCGAAAGGUGUGUGAGGGAGUUUGGUGCUUCGUUGAUGGCGGCCAUGGCGCUUCUCGGGUCCGUCCUCAACACGCCGGAGCAGAUCGUCAAGAAGGUUCCAUUCGAGAAGCUGCGCGAGACACAAGCGCAGAUGCGUCGUGCACUGCAAUUGGAGAUUCUGCAGGUGAUGAAGAUGCAGACGGAGGCGGUGGCGCGUCGUCUUGCGGAGCGGCGCAACGCAGAGCCUCAACAAGAGAACAUCGACGCACACGAGGAGUUGGUAAUAGAAGAUGAGAGCUCGCCGUAUGGUCGCACCCACCGCUACACCAUCGGCCGCGAAGAUGUCAUUAGCAUUCUCGAAAAUGAAGGUGUCAUGGAGCAGGCAGAGAUCUACCUUCGGCUGAACGAAGUCUAUUUCCACACUCUAAUGGCCAUGAUCGCGGGUGAAGUUCUCAACUUUGGGGAGCAGAUGAAGAGCUACAAGCCGCCCAUGUCCCUUGGCCUUCGCCUUCUUCGUUACUUCAUUAUUGAGCCGUGGAACGACUUCUGGAGUGAGCUGUGGUGCAUCUUCUCCUUGGCGCGUCCUAGUGACAUCCGCACACUAAAGGACGCUAUUCGCAUGACCUGCGCCUAUCUGAGUGCGACGGCGCUAAACCUUGAGCUUUACUUUGUCCCUGGCGGCACCUACUAUUUCGGCACGACGCUCCUGCUUGGUCUACCAGUGGAGGAAGAAUCCCUGGGCCUGUCGAUCAAUCGCAUGGCCGGCAACGCGCUGGGCUGCGCACUUGGCUUUAUGGUUUACAACAACACCCACAACCUGCCACAGAAGAUUGCGAUGGUGCUGUGCUUCGUUUUUGUCCAACGCUGCUGCAAAGACCACCCCCUCUACGGGCAGACGUUUCUCUACUCCGCAGCCGUCACGAUGGCGAGUAUGGUCAUGACGGUCAGCACGCAGCAGCUCAUGACGCGACUCAUCACGAGCAACUACACCAUCGUGGCCUACAUGCUCUGCUGCAUGUUCAUCUUCCCCAACAACAGCAUCAAGAUCUGCUGGGGCUACCGCUGCAAGCUGACCAAGGUGAUGAGUGAAGUCAUCGACGACGUGGCGCUCACACUGCGCAUCCGCCCUGACUGCUACCCCACUCCAAUGGCUCUUGAUGCGGACAACAACGAGCCAGCUUCAUACCCCCACCGCAACACGGAGGCGAUGCAGAUGUGCUCGCAGCUGAACGUGCAGAUGUCCCUCGCGCAUCGUCUACUGGCCAUGUGUGACAAGUGGGCCCCCUUCGCCGCUCGACAACACGUUAUUCGCGGCUCCUCCCCCUUCCCGUCUGCGGCCUCCGCCAUGAUUCAAUUCGCACACAAACGCAUGGUGGCCCAUUUACGGUUGCUGGUGUUUGGCGUGCAGCUGCUGCACCGUCCCCGGUGCGAUCCCGUCUUCCCCGCCACCACCGCCCGCCUCCUCUCCGGCAGCGUGGGCGACUUUCUCGCGGAGUUCGCGGGGUGCAUGCGGCUGGUGAGCCAGGACUUCAUUGACUCGCUGCCGGCCUCGCGCAAGUGGUCCUACCCGCUGAUGCUCCACCACGCCAGUCAGCUCAGCCGGAUGCGGGUGCGUCUUUCUGCGAUUCACGUGGAGAGCUUCGUCAUCGCGUCGAAGCAUUUAUCGAAGUCGACCUUCGGCAUGCAGCCAGAGGAUUACCGCCUUCUUCGCCAGGAGACCACGAUGCGGGAGGCCACCGCCACACCGCACACAAGUGAGUUGCACGUGCACGCCGGUGACGACGAGGAGGAGAAGGGCGCGCACGGCAACAACGCCGGUGCGGUGAAUCUUGGAGCGUCGUCCAACGUGCACGGCAACCUGUCCUUUGCGGAUCGCUUCCUCAUCGCACGCCGUCUCGGUGCGUCCAUGAUGGAAGACAACACCGACCCGGAUGCGCUGGCGCGACUGCACGAAUCUAUAUAUCUGCCGCAGCCGAGGGAGGGGUCGUUUCUCGGCAGCGGCGGCGGCGGCGGCGUCUCGCAGAAGUCCUUCGCCUACCGCGCACCGCUGCGCGAGACGGCGGUGACGCCGCAGGACGCCUUUCCGUUUACGCAGGAAAGCGCAGAGUACGGCAUCCAGCAGCACCUCCGCGACGAGGCAGCGAGAACCAGGAAGGAAGAGGUGGAAGUUGGAGAGGGAAGGAAAGCGGAAGAAGACGCGAGGCAGCCUGUCCGUGGCACUUCAAGUCCGUCGUCGCCGGUCUCUCCGUGCAAGGCCAUCAAACCGCACCCACUGGAGAGAAAGGUGUCGAGGUUAAUCCUUGUCCCUGAUCACGGCCCCGAGCUGGAGAUUCCACUUUACCGCGGCCCCGCCUUCACCUACGUCGAAGACGAGCUGGCGACGGAGAAGGACACGGACUUUGCUGCGAUCAUGACCAUCCUGUGCAGCAUAUACAGCCUCAUUGUGGAACUGGAAGGGCUGACGGGUCCGGUGAACACCAUCAGCACGUAUCAGAAGGAACUGCACGAGUCGGCGCUGGCGAUUGGGUUCAUUGACAAGUUAUCUGAGAAGGUCACGGCGUACCGACAGAAGAUCUACGAUCGUUAUCAUUUUUUGACUCCUUCGGAGGAGCAAAGACGGCCGUUGCACGCGCAGUCUGAUCCGUUUGCGGACUGGCGCUUCUAG